UGAUGUUAAAGUGUUUCUGGAAUGGAAUGGAAUGUGUUAUAUUGCCAACAUAUUUGCUUUUCAUAGGUGAUUCUGUAAUUUCUACUUCAUCAUGCAGGAGUUAAAUCACAGCAUUGUGACUGAAUUUAUCCUUACUGGAUUCCCUGGGCUUCAUCCAGAGUACCAUGGCCUUGCCUCGGCUGUAUUGUUCUUUGUUUAUUUCUUAACAGUCACAGGCAAUGCUGUAAUUUUUUUUUUGUUUGCAACUGACCGUAGCCUUCAUAAGCCAAUGUAUUUCAUAAUUCUAAAUCUGAGUGCAUGCGACAUUCUCUUCAGCACAACCACUUUACCUAAGAUCAUCAGCAAGUACUGGUUUCAAUCAGGGUCCAUUUCAUUCACGGCUUGCUUUGUCCAAAUGUAUUUUGUUCACUAUCUUGGCUCAGUGAAUUCCAACAUUCUCUUCUUAAUGGCUUUAGAUAGGUAUUUGGCCAUCUGCCAUCCUCUCAGAUAUCGACUUGUUUUUAAAGACUCCACUAUCUGCAUUCUCAGUUGUACAGCAUGGAUUGUUGCCAAAGCCGGCCCUUUGAUGGUAGUUAUUAGGGCGUACCCUCUUCCUUACUGUGCAUCAAACAUAAUCAAUCACUGCUACUGUGAUCAUAUUGGUAUAACAAUGCUGGCAUGCACUAACAGGGCCCCUUAUGGUGUUCCUGCUUUUGCGGUUGCAAUGUGUACACUACUGGGACCUCUGGCUUUUAUCAUUUUCUCUUAUUGCUCUAUACUUAUAACAGUGCUAAAGAUGGCAAAUUUAGAAGGUCGCCACAAAACUCUGUCCACUUGUAGUACUCAGCUGAUUGUCAUUUCACUCUAUUAUUUACCCAGAUGUCUUGUAUAUUUAGCCAGCAAUGUUGGUAUUACAUUUCGUGAGGAUGCACGAAUUGUGAUUAUCAUGUUGUAUAGCCUUUGCCCCCCUAUGUUUAAUCCAUUUAUAUACUGUUUAAGGGCUAAAGACAUGAAAGAAAGCCUGUGGAAGCGAUUCAACAGAUGUUCCAUUUCACAAAAAGCACAAGUUUCAGCAAUUAGUAACUGAGAAACUAAUGCAUUAUUCAGUGUUUUGCCUUCCUUCUUAGUAGCCAUCUCUUAGUAGCGUCUUUGUAGACUUAACUUUCAUAAAAUUACUGAUUCUAAUCAAACUGAAAGCCAAAGCUGUCUCAGUGUUAA